AUGUUGGCCAUGGUGUCCAUUCUCACGCUGGCCAAGAGGCUCUCCAUCUUCGUCGAACUCUUCAUCCUGGGCAACUUCUUCGACCUCUCUGUCAAGAAUUUUACGACAGUGUUCUUUGGUCAAUUUCAGCUCGCCCUUGUGCUCGCUGUCUGGAUCGUCUUCAACAACAAACAAUGGUCUGUAGAUUCUUCCAGCAUCAGUGAAGAUCUUGAACUCUCUUUCUCUGAUAUCUCUAAUCAAAGAGACCUCUGGAGAGAUGGUUCCGCUUCUUCUCAGCUGUCUCAUGGUGUCCACCAACAUGGCUGGGUCUCUAUGCGUUCCAACCCAGUUUCCGUUCAAAAACACUCUGGUUGCAUUCUUAUGCUCCUGAGGCUCAGAGUAUUUCAGACCAGAAGUGAUGGUGUUAGAUUUGACGGCAUUAACAAUGUUGAAGUCGUCUCCUCUCUCGAUACAUCUUUGCAUGUAUCUGUAAAUGUCUCUAGAGAGCUUUCUAAACAGAAUUCUGAACAAGUUAGCAAGAAGAGGACCAGCCAGGUCCAAUCUCUUCUUACCAAAGUGAUCUCUGUCAUCUGGCUCUUUUCUUUCCAAAGCACAAAGAAGCAAUCUGUUGACAAUGUAACCAAGGAAGUAAGCCUUGUUGGUUUCGUAACCGGAGUCCUGGGAAAUGUGUGGCAAGAAUUCACGUUGAAGAAUGUCCUUAGCGUAUUGAAUACGUCUUUCUCUCUUGAUACCGAUAGAGUUACCUCUUCUUCCAAUGUAAUCCAAGGCAACUUCCUGAGAUUGAAUCAAAAAUCCUUCUUCAAUACAUGGCUUCAGCAUUUCAAGCAUUUGCCAGUCGUUCUCAUCGUAACAGAUGUGUUGCAAAAUGUCACCAUCCUCAAUCACACCCAAGGCUCUGAAGACAAUAACAAUUGGAAUAUCGGCCUUGAUGUAAGGCAGAGUGGUCUUGAUUGA